AAACGCGUUUACAUUCUUUCCGUCUUGGCGAAACUCGACCAUUCCAAAAACUUGAUAUUUGUCAUAUCGAGGUCUAGUUCCUAAAGGGUAACGAGACACAUAGAAUAUUUUGCAUACCUCGGCACCUUAGGCGCCGGAGUACUCCGUUAUAACUGGGUCUGAAGGGGCGCAGGGUCCGAUUACAUUGUUCAGCUCUAUAAUUAGGAGAGCUCAUCGCUGACGCAAGAUGGCUAAAGUUGGAGCAUGUGUGUGACAACGGGAAUUACGCUCGGAUCUGUGGAAACAUACUUUACGGCAGCGACGUUUGUAGAUGGCAGUGGAUAGUCUAUUUUUAACCACUGUUAUCAUCCCGUUGUGUUACUCGGGACACUGGAGUUUUAUAUAAAGGGUGGCCCUUGAAGAUGCAGCUGUACAGUAGUAUGUUGACACAUUACCCGGGCUCUUCGCGUAAAGUUUCGAUUUCCAUCGCCUGUGUGAACAAUAACUUGCCCGGGACUGCGGCGACUAACAUCCUCUUGGUAAAUAGGACCGACGGUCAAAGUUCUACAGUGCGCAUCGAGGACUCAUUAAGCAAGGCGUCUGCUACAAACAUGCCUGCCCUUUCGUGUUAUGAAGCUGUCUCUACGAAGCCGACGUGCUAUACAUCCACCGCGGAGAUCAUCGUUACUCGACCCAGUGGAGUGGAAAGGUCCGUUCCAAUUCACAUCGUAAAGGAAUCCAGAAACAAAUGGGUUCCUUCUGUAACCUAUUUUCAAGGAUCUCCUUGCCCGGUCCGUGAUGGGGAGAAUUCCUUCAACUCGGAUGCGGGGCUGAUAGAAGAUAUAAUGGAUCACAUGCAGAGUGGGGUGGAUGUAUUUGAUGAAUAUCAGAAAGUUUUGGAAAACAACUUGAUAAACACUGACAGGAAAUCGGACGGAAAGUGUUACAGUAAAUACGAUGUGAUGGGUUCAGAAAGUGAGCUGUGUCAGAGAGACUCUUACAAAAGCGACUGCAGAAAUACUCCAGAGAUAUUGGAAGUUAAGGUGAACCACAUUGUGCGUGGGUCUCCCGAAGUCACUGAUUCUAGAAACAACAGAAUUGAGCAACAAGAACCUCAAAGGAGCAUCGAAGAAAAUAGGCAAACACAAGAAACACCAGUUCCUAACCUGUACAGUUUGCAGAAGACCUCCCAAAGUGCCACAGAAAACAGGACCGAAAUAAACGUGAGAGUGACACAUUAUUUAGCCGAAGUGGAGAAACAGAAUAAGUAUCUCCAAGAGAGAAGUAAGUACAGGUUUCAUAUAAUACCCGAUGGCAAUUGCUUGUACAGGGCGGUGUGUAAAGCUGUUUAUGGGGACCAAGCUAUGCACAAGGAGUUACGCGAGCAGACACUGCACCAUAUCGCAGAUCACCUGGACGAGUUCAACCCCAUUAUCGAAGGCGACGUCGGGGAGUUUCUUAUCAACGCUGCCCAGGACGGCGCUUGGGCUGGUUACCCUGAACUGCUAGCUAUGAGUCAAAUGCUGAACAUAAACAUACACCUAACUACAGGCGGAAGCUUGGAAAGUCCAACGGUCUCCACCAUGGUGCAUUACUUGGGCGAGGAGGACACUUCCAAGGCUAGCAUCUGGUUAAGUUGGCUUAGCAACGGCCACUACGACGUUUUAUUCGACAGAUGUUUGGCGAAUCCUGAGUAUGAGAGCUGGUGCCGACAGUCGCAGGUGCAAAGAAGACGGGACGAGGAACUUGCCAAAUCAAUGGCUGCGUCGUUGUCCAAAAUGUACAUUGAACAAAACGGUUCAUCUUAAGAACGUACGGAUUUUGUAAAUGUACUGCACAUGUUUCGACACCAAGUCGAACGCACUUUAUCACUCUGUAACUUUAGUAGGCCUACCAUUGCCUUAAUUUAUUUUUCCAAGUUGAGAUUUAUGUUUUUAUAAUUAAAAAAUGUGUGGAGGCUACAGCAGGUUGCAGUGCACCUGAUGAAAUUUGAUAUUUGUAUGACAUGGAUAUAUGAUCAGAAGUGCUGACAGUGUUUUCUUUGAAAUGGAUUACACAAGUUUGUUUUUUAUCCAUUUACUGUGUAUUAAGAUAUUAUGCCUUGCUUUAAUAUGUUGCUGGAUUAGCCAGUAAUUGCAACCAAGUAUAGGUAUUUUUGUCCUAUUACUGUUUGUAUACAGAACAGGAUGCCAAGCACUUACUAUUUUGGAAAACAUACAUGUUGUUACAACACUUACCAAUUAAGUUUUUGGCUGUUUUUUGUUUUCUUCUGUUUUUAACUUUUUGUAUGGAGACUGCUACUUGCAUUUAGAAGUUGUGGUUGAUUUUGAUAUGUUCAGCCUCUUUUCCAUUGUGGCUUACUUUGUGUUGAAAUGCAUAUAUAGUACUGAAAGAUGGUGUUAAUGUUUGUAUUGCAUAACUGAAAUAAAAUGAAAAUAAUUUUAAA